UGUCGGAAGUGAACUGUCAUGGCUGCCUCCAAUGGCAAAACAUGUCUCAUAAUAAAAUAACACCGUAAACAGAAAUAUAAGCGAAACAUUUACUAUUUUAAAAAGCGAGGUUAAUAGAAAAAGAUAAGUCUAUAUAGUGUGUUUGCGCGCGAGGUCGACUUUUAUUUAUUAUUAUAACAAGAGCUAGAUAUGGUUAUAUAGACUUGUGGCACAUUUAGCUUGUUAGCUUCUCCUAGUUAAGUGAAGCCAUGGCGUUAACCGCUGCUCGCUCUCGCUGCAGAGUUGUCCUGAGCUGCCGUUUAUUUUCCUCCGUAGCGAAGAGCAGAGACAGAGAAGCCCGGGACGAGCUGCCGCUGUUCCGCUAUGUAGGAGAGCGCAGGAAGCCCACUGAUAAAGUGUUCGUGUGGGGCUUCAGCUACAGCGGAGCGCUCGGCAUUCCCAGCUUCGUGAUUCCUGACAGCGGCAAAAAGAGACCCAGGAAAUACCAGCUGACCCCUUACCGCCUCGACACGGAAGGAAAGAUCUCUUCAGCAGCAUGUGGUUAUGGGUUCACAUUAUUGGCAUCGAAUACCAAAGACAUCACCAAAGUAUGGGGUAUGGGCCUUAACAAAGACUCGCAGCUGGGCUUCCAGCGCACCAAACAUGACCGGCAUAAAAGUUAUGACUAUAUCCUGGAGCCAUCCCCUGUGUCUCUGCCGCUGGCGAACCCUCAGGAGACACGUGUCCUCCAGGUGUCUUGCGGCCGUGCUCACUCUUUAGUGCUCACAGACUCCGAAGGAGUGUUCAGCAUGGGAAACAAUGCUUAUGGCCAGUGUGGAAGGCAAAUCAUUGAAGAUGAAGUUUACAGUGGCAGCCAUCUUGUCCACAAGAUAGAGGGAUUUGAUAGUCGAGUUAUUCAGGUGGUGUGUGGGCAGGACCACAGUUUAUUCCUGACUGAAUCAGGCGCUGUGUAUGCCUGUGGCUGGGGGGCAGAUGGACAGACAGGUCUGGGCCAUCACAACAAGGCUGCGAUGCCUGUCCGAGUAGGCGGAGACCUGGAAGGCGUCAAAGUUCAGCAGGUGAACACGUAUGGAGAUUGCAGCCUGGCUGUGUCCACAGACGGUCAUGUUUUUGGCUGGGGCAACUCUGAGUACCUGCAACUCGCCUCGGUAACUGAGUCCACACAGAUCAGCUCCCCAAGGCUGCUUUCUCUGAAAGGCGUGGGUAAGGUGACGCAGGCGGCGUGCGGGGGAACUCAGGUCGCCGUACUCAACGAGGAUGGAGAAGUGUUUGUGUGGGGCUACGGAAUCCUGGGAAAAGGGCCCAAUCUGGCUGAGUCAGAAAUCCCAGAGAAGGUGCCAGCGACGCUUUUUGGGAAGUCAGAGUUCAACCCGGCGGUAAAAGUGUCUCAAAUCCGCUGUGGCCUCAGCCAUUUUGCAGCCAUUACAGAUCGCGGUGAACUGUUCGUCUGGGGCAAGAACGUGCGAGGAUGUCUUGGCAUUGGGAAAAAGGAUGACCAGUAUUUUCCAUGGCGGGUGACCGUCCCAGGUCAUGUGGUGGACGUGGCGUGUGGUGUGGAUCACAUGGUGGCGCUGGUCAGGUCUGUCAUAUGAGCAUCAGACUAGACUGCUGCUUUGGUUUUUGGAAGUGGAUUACUGGAGCUUGCACAUGGAAUGUGUAAAAAAGAAUGUAUUUUAUGUGAGUGGGACACGAAACAAGUAAUUAACUGUUUAAUUUAGAUCUGUGAGUGAUUUGUUCAAAACCAAGCUGAAAUAUUAAACUUUAUUUUAUUAUUAUUUUUUUUUAUAUAAAUACAUCAAAAAAAGAAAUAAAUAAAAGGACUAGUCAGAAAAGAGCCAUGAAUUUGAAAAUUUCACUGGGAAGAUCAAGUCCCUUGUGUCAAAGCAGAGAAAUCCAACAUCUGUUUCACUUGGCUUCAUUGUACAAGUAACUCGAGUGUGUUCUGUAAUAAACUUGUCUUAACAUUGUUAAACAUAAUCGACACGCAGAUCAGUCGCCAACUGCGCAUCGAAGCAAAGCUAAUAUUAAAGACACGGUCAGGGAUGUUUAGAUUUCGCUUCUAUUUACGUUUUCAAUGCUGGCAAUAAAAUAUCUGUAAAAAGGUCCAGGGUGCGUAGUGCCUCAGGGGUAACAGGGUUGGAAAAAAAAAAAGGUACAGAACAAGGAGGCAUCUCUGCACUCAACAGUACAGAAAGCUUACAUUACAUUAAUGCUUUUAUAGUACACUAAAGGAAAUAGUCUGAAAUUGGUAAAGGUAAUGAUAGAAAAUUUCCUCCUUAUAGAUCUUUUAUAGACACGUGACUACUUAAAAUCGUGAAGCGUUCCCAUAUUUUUUCUUUCACCAAAUUUAAAUUUAAAAAAAAUGUACAUUAUGUAUACAUUAUGUACAGUAUAUUUCUAUUAAAAUUUCUAUUUUUAUCCUAGUUAAAUUAAAUUUUCUAUCGUAUUUUUAAAAAUCUUUUUAUUCAUAUUUAUUUCUUAUUUCUUAACUGGCGGCCGUAAGCAUUUCACUGCAUAUCGUACUGUGUAUGACUGUGUAUGUGACAAAUAAAAUUAGAAUUUCAAGAGAAACCUAACAAUUGAUAGCUGAUGAUGUUUUGGAUUUCACAAUUUAUUUGAAAGAGAAACAAGCAUGUGAAAAUUGAUGAAUAAAGGUAAUAAGGAUGUUAAUUUGCAAAUGUUUGAUUUAUCGUAACGUCAUUACCUCAGACCGUGUAUAAAUAUGAUUCCUCCUGGAUUUGCCAGCUUUUGCUAGCAUCGUCAUUAGCAUCAG